UCACUGGGGCUUCAUAAAGGAGUGGGCAGAUCCAUCUUUCUGGGGAAGGGAUCCUCAAACCAGAACCCUGCAAGGGCCCCAGGAGCCUGCCUGCAGCUCCGGGGACACCCUACCCAUUUCCAGGCUAGGCUGGUGGGAAUCAGAGAAGCAAUAACCUCAGCUCUACCCCCACCAGACCCCUUGCAAGAAAACCCAGCAGAGUGUCAAGCCACACGUCCCAGAUCUCCAUGCUGCUCUGCCCUGAGGAGGCUGUGUGGCCAGUGGCUUGGUACUCCGGGAUAUCAAUCACACCCCACCGCCUCAGACAUCCCAGCACAGAAGGAGGCAGCCCCCUAGAGAGGAUCUCAGCUGGGAGUCAGGGAUGCAGGCUGGAGCAAGCUGCCGGGCAGAGAGCCGGCCGAAGGGUGCAGGGCUGUGACUUGACCAACCUCCGGCUGCACACAGCGUCUCGCCUCAUGAUGGGUGUUCCGGCCACACAUCACAGCAGUCAAGUUCAGCAGCUGCUUGGGCACCAAAGGCACGCAGUAUGAGACCAACAGCUUGGACUUCAAAGUCGGGGCGGACGGGACAGUCUUCGCCACCCGGGAGCUGAAGAUCCCCUCGGAGCAGGUGGCCUUUACUGUGACUGCGCGGGAACACCAGACUGCCGAGCAAUGGGACGCCAUGGUGCGGCUGCUGGUAGCCCAGACUUCAUCCCCAUACUCUGGACACAAGAAAGGGAAGACAGUGACCCUGGACCCCUCUCAGCCCCCGAAGGACAUGCUACUGCCGUGGCCCCAGCGUCAGAGUUCCAGCGGGCUGAGGAGGCAGAAGCGAGACUGGGUCAUCCCACCCAUCAACGUGCCCGAGAACUCCCGUGGGCCCUUCCCGCAACAGCUUGUCAGGAUCAGAUCUGACAAGGACAAUGACAUCCCCAUCCGGUACAGCAUCACAGGCGUGGGAGCCGACCAGCCCCCUAUGGAGGUCUUCAGCAUUGACUCCAUGUCUGGCAGGAUGUAUGUCACUCGACCCAUGGACCGGGAGGAAAGAGCCUCUUACCAUCUCCGAGCCCAUGCGGUGGACAUGAACGGCAACAAGGUGGAGAAUCCUAUUGAUCUGUAUAUCUAUGUCAUCGACAUGAAUGACAACCGUCCUGAGUUCAUCAACCAGGUCUACAACGGCUCUGUGGAUGAGGGCUCCAAGCCAGGUGAGGGCUUGACAGGUACAUAUGUCAUGACCGUCACAGCCAACGACGCCGAUGACGUCACCACAGCCAACGGCAUGGUGCGGUACCGGAUCGUCACCCAGACACCCCAGAGCCCGUCCCAGAACAUGUUCACCAUCAACAGUGAAACGGGGGACAUCGUGACGGUGGCAGCAGGCCUGGACCGGGAGAAAGUCCAGCAGUACACAGUCAUCGUCCAGGCCACUGACAUGGAAGGAAACCUUAACUAUGGUCUCUCGAACACAGCCACAGCCAUCAUCACGGUGACAGACGUAAAUGACAACCCUCCAGAAUUCACCACCAGCACGUUUGCAGGAGAGGUCCCCGAAAACCGUGUGGAGACAGUAGUAGCCAACCUCACAGUAAUGGAUCGAGAUCAGCCCCACUCACCCAACUGGAACGCGGUCUACCGAAUCAUCAGUGGGGACCCCUCGGGGCACUUCACUGUCCGCACAGACCCCGUCACCAAUGAGGGCAUGGUCACCGUGGUGAAGGCAGUGGACUACGAGCUCAACCGCGCCUUCAUGCUGACUGUCAUGGUGUCCAACCAGGCACCCCUGGCCAGUGGGAUCCAGAUGUCUUUCCAGUCCACAGCAGGGGUGACCAUCUCCGUCACUGAUGUCAACGAGGCCCCCUACUUCCCCUCCAACCACAAACUGAUCCGUCUGGAGGAGGGCGUGCCUACCGGCACGGCGCUCACCACUUUUUCUGCAGUGGACCCCGACCGGUUCAUGCAGCAAGCCGUGAGGUACUCGAAGCUGUCUGAUCCCGCCAACUGGCUGCACAUCAAUACAUCCAAUGGGCAGAUCACCACGGCUGCAGUCCUGGACCGAGAGUCACUCUACACGAAGAACAAUGUAUAUGAGGCCACCUUCCUGGCUGCUGACAAUGGGAUCCCCCCAGCCAGCGGCACUGGGACCCUGCAGAUCUACCUCAUUGACAUCAACGACAACGCACCACAGCUGCUGCCCAAGGAGGCACAGAUCUGCGAGCGGCCAGGCCUCAACGCCAUCAACAUCACCGCCGCCGACGCUGACAUGGACCCCAACAUCGGCCCCUAUGUCUUCGAGUUGCCCUUCAUCCCCACCACAGUGAGGAAAAAUUGGACCAUCACCCGUCUAAACGGUGACUACGCCCAGCUGAGUUUGCGCAUUCUGUACCUGGAGGCAGGGGUGUACGAUGUCCCCAUCAUCGUCACAGACUCCGGCAACCCUCCCCUGUCCAACACGUCCAUCAUAAAAGUCAAGGUGUGCCCGUGUGAUGAGAAUGGUGACUGCACCGCCAUAGGCGCAGUGGCUGCAGCUGGCCUGGGCACGGGCGCCAUUGUGGCUAUCCUCAUUUGCAUCGUGAUCCUGCUGACCAUGGUCCUGCUGUUCGUGGUGUGGAUGAAGCGGAGGGAGAAGGAGCGUCACACAAAGCAGCUGCUCAUCGACCCCGAGGACGACGUGCGCGACAACAUCCUAAAGUACGACGAGGAAGGCGGUGGCGAGGAGGACCAGGACUACGACCUCAGCCAGCUACAACAGCCGGAAGCCAUGGAGCAUGUGUUGAGCAAGGCUCCUGGUGUGCGUCGAGUGGAUGAACGGCCAGUAGGUGCCGAGCCCCAGUACCCGGUCAGGCCUGUGGUGCCCCACCCAGGUGACAUCGGAGACUUCAUCAAUGAGGGACUCCGAGCCGCUGACAACGACCCCACGGCACCCCCCUACGACUCUCUGCUGGUCUUCGACUACGAGGGCAGUGGUUCCACCGCAGGCUCCGUCAGCUCCCUGAACUCCUCCAGCUCUGGGGAUCAAGAUUAUGACUACUUGAAUGACUGGGGGCCCCGGUUCAAGAAACUGGCGGACAUGUAUGGGGGUGGCGAGGAGGACUAGCCAACCUCACCUCUCCCGCUGACACGAGAAGGGCACUCGAGGCCGAGCAGCGGGACUGAGCCAAGGCACGGGAGUCCUCCCGGUGUCAAGAGGCCCCUCCCCACUGCCAUCCCCCACCCCCGAGUGGAGCUGCGCAGUACGGACACAGGCCACCCACAGGGCACCCACCACCACUGCAGGCACCUCAGUAGCCAUGUGCCGAGAAGGGAGAGCCAGAGGCACAGCCCUAACUUGAAUUUCUUACAACAGAAGCACUGUUAAGACAAACAAACAAACAAAAGUGCCUUUUGGUACACGUGACAGAUUCCCUAACUCAGGAGUGACUGAAAGAGGCGACAGCCCGAGGCCCCACCUCUGUCUAUCCCCACCUACAGCCCCUGACCCCAUCUGGUCCCUUCUAAAGAGCAACAAGCAAAGAGUGGAAGAGAAUAUGUCUUUUCUUUUUUUUUUAAAGUCUUUUAUUGAGAAAAAGAAGGGGGAUGGCUUAUUUGCGAAAAUUGUAUGGGGUCCAGAUCUCCACGGCUUUUGUUGGGCACGGUCGGUGUCUCCUGGGCCCUUUGGGCUCCCCAAGGCUGCUAAGUGAGGAUCGGACUUUUCCGGUGCCAAAAGGCAGUGGGCUAGCCCAACUCCGUCAGCAGAGAUACUUCUGCGUGGAUUCGGCUUUCACCUGAACUUGCGUGUCCUCCCCCUCCACCCCCCAGAGAUACUGUAAAUUGCUGGGGCAGGCGUGGGGUGCCGAGAGACCACCCCAAGCGGUCCUUGUCUCUCCGCUUGGCCAAUGACAUGUCCACCAGAAAGCCUCUCUGGACCAGCUGUCACCCCCAAUAGCACCGAGGCCCCCUUUCGCUUUGGUCCAGGACAGCGUGUUGUCUAAGAAGCCACAGCACCCUGAUGGACACUGGCACCGCCCUCUGCUCUUCAGGGAGAGCCCCUGAGGGAUCCUGCUGAAGGCGUAGCAAUCGCAAGCACCCUCAACGGAACCCCCGAAUGCCCUCAAUGCACUCCCCAGGCUCUGCAGAGGGCAGGGGGCAGAGCCUAGUCAGACUGUGGCAGCUGCCUGGCUUCCCUGGGCCCAUCUAGCCCAAGCUCCUUCCUGACCCUGUGAACUGCUGUGGAUGUCAGGGCCUAUUCCAAGUGGCCCGUGAGGUUCUCUUAGGUGUCUGUGUGACCACA